GCGAGAAAAAGGAGUUUCGAACUUAAAUAUCUAUAAACAAUCGCGAAAAGGAAAAGUUUAUAAAAUAGUUUGCGUUUUCCUUGAAAAUAUUUUUUAAUACACGAUAAAAACAUUUGUCAUGGGAAGCGAUAAAAAACAAACUGACUCAGGUUCAGAACAGGAGGGACAUGAGUCACCGAAUCGUUCACGGUCUAAUUCUAACACAUCAAACCGUUCAGGGUCAAGAAAUUCACGUAGUCGCUCAGGUUCAUUUGUAUCAUCAAGAAGAUCAAAUCGUUCAGGUUCAAGAAAAUCAUGUCGCUCACGAAGCGGCUCAGCUCGUUCAGGAAGCGAAUCACAAUCAAGAUCAGGGUCAGUUGCAUCAAAACGUUCCGGUCGGUCCCGAAGUGAUACUAACGAUUCCAAACGAUCAAGAUCGGGAAGUGUCUCACCAGCAUCCAAACGUUCUAGAAGUGGUUCACUGGGAUCGAAACGUUCCAAAAGUGGCUCUUCAGUAUCAAAGCGAUCUAAGAGCGUCUCACCUAUAUCAAAACGUUCUAAAAGUGGUUCGCCAUCAGCAAAAAGAUCUCAUAGCCAAGACUCAAAUGGAUCGGGAGCAAUUGACAAACGUAAACGCAAGAUCAUUUCAGAUUCAGAUUCUAACGAUGAUCCUAAAAAAACACCAAACAAGAAAAAUAAAUUGAUUGAUACCGACAGCGAAGAAGAUGAAGCUGCCCGAAAUCCGCCUGUGGCUGCAAGUUCUUUAUUUGGUGAUGCUGAUGAUAUCAGUACAGAUGAAGAAGGAGAAGGACAAAGUGGCUCUGAAAAAGGCUCACAAAGAAAAGGAAGUGACAGCGAAAGAUCACGACGAACUGUUUCGCGUUCAGUGAGUCGUGACAGAUCAAGAAGUCGAAGUCGAAGAAGCUCUCGAGAUGAAAAUGAACGUGAGGAUAAAGAAAGAUCGGAGGAGAGAGAAAAAACACCAAUUCCUGAGACAAGAAUUGAUGUUGAAAUUCCUCGUAUUGCUUCUGAUCUUGGCAAGGAUAUUCAUUUUGUUAAACUUCCUAACUUUUUAUCAGUUGACACGCGACCAUUUGAUCCUGACACAUACGAAGAUGAAAUUGACGAAGAAGAAACUUUAGAUGAAGAAGGAAGACAACGUUUGAAGUUAAAAGUCGGUAAUACAAUCAGAUGGCGAAGAUUUAUCAAUGACAAAGGAGAAACAGUUCAAGAAUCAAAUGCUCGUUUUGUACGUUGGUCAGAUGGAAGUUUAAGCCUUCAUUUGGGAAGCGAAAUAUUUGACGUUUAUAAGCAACCAUUACAAAGUGACCAUAAUCAUUUAUUCAUUCGUCAAGGAACGGGUUUACAAGGGCAAGCUGUUUUCAGGACAAAACUCACUUUCCGACCACAUUCAACUGAUUCUUUCACACAUAAGAAAAUGACAAUGUCACUUGCUGAUCGUUCACAGAAAACAUCAGGAAUUAAAAUUCUUACACAAGUUGGACAUGAUCCAGAAGCAGAAAGAGCUGAAAAUUUAAAGAAAGAAGAAGAAUCACUUCGUCAACUUAUGCGACAACGUAAACCGGUAAAAUCAAAGCGGACUAAACGAACAUCAGGUGGAACUAAUGCUGGUUAUGGAGAUCAUGAUGAAGGUUCUGAAGAUGAAGGUGGAAUAUCUAUUGCAGCUAUCAAGAAUAAAUACAAGAAAACUGGGAGUAGUGACAAACCAAUUUAUUCAUCUGAUGAAAAUGAUGAUGCUUCGGAUGGUUCUGAUUUUGAUACAAGACGCAAGAAAAAAGAUAAAACUAAAAUCACGAAAGCUUUGAAAGAUUCCGAUGAUGAGAGUGACAAUAUAUCAGAUGGUGGAAAGCCUUCAGGAUCCGAUAAUGAUGGAAGUGGAAAAGAAAAUGGAAGUGAUCAUAGCGAUGAUGAAUGAAAGAAUAAAAAUAAAACUGAAUAACACCCAUUAACUUU